AUGCAAGGUAGAGGCAAAAACUAUUUGCCUAUUGAGGCUCUCUGUGAAUUUAAAGUCUACGAGAUUUUAAAUGAUGGACAGGAAAUUGUGGAAAGGCCUUUGACUGCAGCCGAAAAUUUUCAAAGAAUCGUGAAUGGCAUUGAUUUUUCUGACGAGAAUUUUGGCAAACAGGGGGCAAGUGUGGCAGUGGGUAUUCUUGAACUAGCUUUCAAUGCUGUAAAUGCUUACACGGAGGCCUGUGCAUUUAUUGAACUUAUGGCUGUCCUGAAGGAGACUAAAUGUCUCUCCCUUUGUCAAGUCGCCUCUGGUGAUCAGGACAGAGAAUUAGAUGUUUCAGGACGCAAUGUUGGCAUGCACACUAUCACAUGUCUCGGUGGGAAGAAAAUGGCUCUCACUGCCGCUGCUGGUAUACUCCUAAAAGGAGCGGAACGAUUUCGUUCAAGGUAUUUCGAAAUUGCUCAGGCUGAGCAACGCUUCGCAGAUGGUCAAAGAUCUAUCUCCUAUCAUGAAGGACUUAUGCAGCUGCGAAGGUCAUGGCGUCUCAAAUUGGGGCAAAAUGUCAUUUUAGGAGAUGCAAGUCUCCGCUGUAUUGGUUCUCGUGCUAAAGAAGGUGGCAAUUUUGAGGUUUCUGAAUCUGAUUUCCCAAAAUCUGAUUCCGAUGGCUCUUUUGAUGUUGUCAAGGUGAAGUUCAGCAGUACAAUGGAGUCAAUGCUCACCAAUGAUCUCUGUACUGGCCGUCUUCGGGUUGUAAUCAGGCGAUUGAAUCCAAAGCAUCCUAACGAUUGGUACCAGUUCUUGAGGUCACGUGUUCAGAUCUCUGCGGCACCGCGUGCUUACUCUCUGCCAAAGUCCCAGAGUGACAAACUGUAUCAAGCCCAAAAUCUACUCAUGUGUCGCGAAAUUUUGUCUACUCUCUCCUAUGAAGCGUCAAUAAUCGGGAUGGAUGAGACGAAAAGCGACUUGGUGGCUUUUUCAUCUCUCGGAAAGGUCGUUGCUGCCGUGUUUCCCGGAGUCCAACUUUCAAUCAGCCUUGAGAGGUUGAUAGAUGGUGAUUGUAAUGAAGAGGAGGAGGAAGAGCAUCCAGGACUUAGCACCCAGCUAAAACGUAUUAUCUUCCUCCAGCAUAUUCACUCCUGGUCAAACAUCGCCAGUGUUCCCAACCCCCCCACUGGUCCGGUUCAAGUUCCUCGCCGUUUGCGUGCUGCGGGGGCAACAAUCACACUUCGCAAUACGGGAAAUCGGAACGGAGAUGGUGGGACGCCCAUAAUCACUGCCUGUGUCGCAGGCUUUGGUGGUCCGGCUGCAUCCGCUUGGAUGACCUCGCAGAGCCAGGCUUUCCGCUCUGCCUCCGGGCCGUUACCUGGCAACCAUCAUCAACCCUUCGCUGUACCGGUAGGACAGGAACGUUACACCUACUUUAACGAUUGGGGCAGUGGAUACGUCGAACAACAACAGCAGCACCAUCAGAUGGUACCAGCUUCGAUAGAUGAGGUCACUACCUCGGGGUUGACAUUGAGUGGUCUGGAGCACGCGCUACGAUUGAAUCAGGCAUCUCCCGCUGCCAUCGCCUGUAUACUCGGCUCAGGAGAUGGUUUGUUAAUGCAAAUAGUGAGCCUGGCGCGGCAUAGGGUGCUGAGACAGCGGGUGGCGCUUUGUUUGACACAAUUUGCUCGUGGUGGUGGCGACAAGGCAGUGACAGCUUCUGUAGGAAUGUGCGUGACAACUUUGUGGCAUAGCAUCGCCUCUCCCCUUUCCUCUGGGGUCAGUGUGACCUUCAACUCGGUGGGCUACUCAAGUUUUCGCACUCGACUGACCGUGUGUGUGGGUGUAGACGAGGUCUCAAUCUACGGAGUGUGUGGCGCUGCCCAAUCACUCACGAUUCCUGCUACUGCAGACGUGCAGAGUGAACUACUGCGAAUUCUGAAAACCCAGGAGCUAAGAAAUCAAAUGCUCACUAUACAAGGUAUCGCCUCAAAGUUUCUUGGCUGGAUUCAACUGGGUUGCUCCUCCAUCCCCUCCGUGGAUAAUCCCUUGAGCGCUUUGCUUAUGGCUUCUCACAGUGGUAGUCGAAUUGUCUGUAUCCGAGGUGGCACUUGCUACCCUGAAGGUCUGGAGUUCCUGGUUGCUAAGACUACGCAAAGCAAACUGACGAAUUUGGCCAGUGAUGGAGAGCUGUUGCGGUUCACCCUCACUACCACAACUGCAGGACAGGACGGUGCUUUUGGUCGCGGCCAGUUCAUCUUCCGCAAGGUCGAUUUGGCGCGUCUGCCGGGACGACACGUGGUCGGCAAGAUUGAGUCUCUUCUUACCUGCCUGAAUUGCCCUUGA